AUGUUAUAUGUUUUUAUAAUGAAUAUUAAACACAGCAGAGAACAUCUACAGCAACUCUUGAUCUAUAGCUAAUUGAGGCGUAAUGAUAUUGGAAUAUGGAUUAUAACAGCAAAGACUCAAAAUGUAGUCUAAGGUAAAGGAUGUUAAGCUGUUAACAGUUAAUGAAACAGAAGUUCACACAUGAACAUCCCCCCAUUUAUGUCAAGAUAAAUAAAUGGUCAAUUCCUGCAGGUUGCUCCUGGGGGCCCUCCGCUGGCCACGGGGCCCUAAGCAGUCGCUCGGUUCGCUUCAGCCUUGUCUUGGUUUAGGGGUUUGGUGCCUCCCCUCGGUAGAAAUCACGACCGCAGUCAUCUCGUUUUCUCCCAUCAGGGGGCCCCCUCCAUCGUAGGGCCCUUAGAACGGUCCUACCGUCCGUUUGCUUCUAUUGUAUUUAACAUUUCAUGCAGGUAUGGAACGAAUUGAAAUAUUUUUUUUUUUUAUUUUAGGGUCUUACAGAGCUGCUUGUAUAUUAAAUCCAUAAUCAUUUAAUCAUCCUUUUUUUUUCAUGGAAAAAAAGUCUUUCUCAUAUUUUCUGUACUGUAUAAUUUACAGCAUGUGUAUGAAGAUCAUAUUUUAUUUGACAAGUUAAUUAACAAGUAAAUAAAACUUACUGACUGAAUAAUCAGUGUGUUCUUCUGUAUCUGAAUAAACCAAAAUAAAUGAAUUUUGUUAACAGUGUUUGGCAUUCUUGCACUGCUGUCUUUGCUUUAGGAGUAUCCUAAAAAAAAAAAAAGAAUGAAAAAUAGAUAUUUGAAUAUUGUUUGCAGAAGAAACAAGUGACUUGUAUGUUCCAGAGAGAUUAUAACUUAUAUAUGGUUAUAUAGAGCAUUUUCUAUUAUAAUUAUUCCAAACUAGUCUAUUAGAUUUCAUGUUUUAAUGAGACCACAAACCAUACUUAUGAGCAGAAUAACUGCUGAUGAAACACAAUUACCUUUUAAAAGAAUGAUGGAACGUUUAAAAUAGUAUAUAUAGAGAUGGUCAGGCAUGUACUCAGAAGAAAGCAUGUUGGUUGACAUAGAGUUCUGCUCUGUGCUUUGAAUUCAUGUGGAUGUUAUAUUGACACAUUCUACCUACAAGUUCCAGACCUUCAUUACAGAAGUGUUCCUUGAUGGCAAGUGACCUCUUCCUAAUACAUACCAGUUUAGAUCCUCCAAAUUCCUCAGAUCUCGAUCUGAUUGAGGACCUAUGGGAUGUACUUGAUCCAUGUAGACUUGUAUGGAAAUGCCACUUACUACAUGCACCAUGCGUCUUACAAGAACUGCUCUUAAAGUCUUAAAGGUGCCAGGUAAUGGAGUACAGGUUCAGAGGUCUUGCGGAGUACACGCUUCGGUUCAUCGGAGCUGUUUUGGCAGCAGGAGGGGGAUCUCCACAAUAUUAGGUGGGCGCGUUUACUUUAUGUUGUUACUGAUCAGAGCUUAUAUACCUGAGAGUAUGUGUACGUACUAAACAGAAACACUGGCAGCCGGGAGCUCUCCUGCUUGUUGUUCCCACACUCAGAACCAGUCCAAAUGUCUUUCUCUAAGUCAUCCUAUCCAUCCAGGUUCCCUUUCUAUGUCGAGGUGUCAACUGAUCCCUCUCCAUCGCGUUUUUUUUCAGCCGGUGACAUUUCCACUGCCCUUUGUGCUAUCCAGGAUUCUACACCAAUGCUAUAUCUAUAACAAUUGUUAUAUAAUAAAUAUGGCAUCGAUUAACAAGCAAAUGUUUUCAUAGAGUCAUGUGUCUUUAAUGUAAUGCUAAUUUCAAUUACGAUUUUUAAAGAGAUCAUAAAUAUAAAUCUAGAUCAUGUCUUACGCAAUGAUUUAUGUAAUGCUGCAAGGCCGGCACAUUCCCAUUAUUUCUAUUUAAAGAGGAAUGACAUUUUAAAGUCUCUUUUGGAGCUGGAAUCACUCUUAUGCUAAUUUUUCCGUUUUCUGGAAAACGGAUGAAAGCAGUGGCAUGUUUUUGGUGAAGGCCAGGCUCUGAUCGAUUAACAGCUACCCCCAGCCGUGCGUAAGCGCUCAGCUCAGCUCAGCUCAGCAUGCGCGACAACGAAUUGCAGCUGUUGUUGGAGCUUCUGGUGCUUUUAACGGGCUGCUGAAAAGGCAAGUAAGCAAGUAGUUGAAGUAUUAUAUUAACACGAUGACAUGCGUGCGCAACAAGUGCAUUUAAAAGGUUUUGUGUCAUCAAAGGAGCUAGGGUUGCUGUCUGGACACUAUUAGUGUGCUAGGCUUAUAUAUAUAUAUAUAUAUAUAUAUACUUCUGCAACUUUGUUCUACAAGUUAGCUAUUUAUUUAUGAGCUAGAAAAGACAGUGCCAACCAGCUCCAUUCUCCCCUAUGCGAUCUGUGCCAAACAACAUAGACUUAACAAACAAUUAACAGAAAUUUUUUUUUAAUACAGUCAUGUGUCCAUUACAUAAUGCUAAUUUGAUUUCUUAAUAGAUUACAAAUAUAAAUCUAGAUCAUGUCUUAUGUAACGAUUAACCCAGUGCCAGCCAACCCCGUUCUCCCAUAUAUGUGAUUUAUUAUACUGUGCCAUAAAACAUAAAACAACAUUUAUACAGACCGCAUUAAAAUUAACUAUUAAAUUAGUACAGAAAGAGUCCGACAACUGAUGGACUAUUUUGGCCAGCAUUUUUACAGGCAUACAUACACGCAUAAAAAGAAAGGCUUCAAACGCUGCUGCAAAACAGCCUCAGUUCAGAGCAGGCCUACCACCAGCUUUUACACUGAGGGGCAGACAGGUGUCUUGUAUUAGCUGAUCCCUGUAUGUCCUCUUCCUCUCAUAUUUCCUCUGACACUUAUUUUUUUGAUCUAUAUGUGCUGGACGGGUAUCGGGUUGUCAGUUAUGUCCAACAUAAGCAGGUUAUUCCUGUUCUUAAUUCUUACACUCAAUAAGUGAAUUAGUCACAAUAUUUACAUGCUAAUUAAAUUAACUAAAAAUGUAAUGUAGAACAUUGACACGUCUCCCCAGUCGGAUAAAAAAACCCUCCAUACCUUUGCGGUUAAAAAUUGCUGCAGGGUAAACUGAUCUGUGAACAUCAAAACAUAGGCUAGAACCUGCUGUUAGUGAUACAGUAUAUAUAUAUAUUUUACUGCAUGUGAUUAAUAAGAGGAACGACGGCAUCAACAACAAAGCAGAUAUAAUGGGUGAUCAUAAUUCUGGUGGGUUGUAAUUGCAUCAGAAUGUUUAUGCAGUGCUCCCCGGGAAAUAUCCCAUGUGUCUCACAGCUGGCAUGGGUGAACGUGUCAAUGAGUUGAUCUUUCCCGACAGCAAAUGGUUUUGCUAAAGUGCUGACCACUGCCAAAAAGAUACUGCACUCCCCCAUUUGAAGCAAGUCAAACUGCACUCUGGCUCCUCCUAUGGUAUCUUAAACGUCCACCAUGAAGAGGAAGUGGAUUAAUUGCACUCUUUGAAAUCACCAUUGGUGGACUUGGUGCUGCCAAGAAAUUGCAAACAUAGAUCAAACAGACCUUUCAAUUUGUUAAUAAACGUUGAUUCACUAAGUUCACCUCAAAGGAAUCAUCGGCAAUGGAUAAAAUAAAUGACCUGUGGAGUUCCACAGCUUUUACAGACAAUGUCUACAUAUCAAAACGAAGUAUUAGAAAAAUUCUCAUCAACAAGAGGCAUUAUCUGCCAGUGGAGAGUAACAUUACUGACACCAUGAAAAUGAGUUAUAAUCUACCCAGUGAAGAGAUUAGUUCUUCUAGUUCUUCCAGUUGCGAUGAAAGAAACAUCAAAAAAAUACGAAUCCAAGAAAAUUCGAGGACUCGUUCUACAUGCCAUCUUCCUGAAAGAAAUUCGGAACAAUCCUGUGGAAAGGAGAGAGACGUUGAUAUAACUGACGUAAAGACUGAGCCUGGAUCUGACCCUGAGCCGAGAUCUGUUUCCCGGCUGAAUCAAGAGCACUUGGAAGCGACCAGCAUCACCAACGUGAAAGUGAAACAGGAGGUGGAUCUCACCGCGCCAUGUGAACUGGCAGCGAUUCCAAGAGAUCAGCAGGAGACCGUGGGGGAUGAACGCGAGCCUGAGGGAAACGGGGCGGACAGCCCGAACCCUUCUCAGAAGCAGGCUUUAAAAAAUAAUUUUGUCUUCGCGGGCAUGAAGAAGCGAGGAAUGGAGGGAGACAUGGAAAACCGUCCGUACAAGUGUCCGUACUGCAGCUGGGCUUUCAAAAAGUCCAGCAACCUGUUGAGCCACAUCGACACUCACCGAGGUCUUAAACCACACGUUUGUGACCUGUGUGGGAAGGCCUACUCGCACCAAGGCACUCUUCAGCAGCACAAGCGGCUGCACACGGGCGAACGACCGUACCAGUGCCCGUUUUGUGAGAAGAGCUACAUUUGGUCCUCUGACUUCCGCAAGCACAUUCGAACGCACACCGGGGAGAAGCCGUACAUCUGCGAGGAAUGUGGCAAGGAUUUCGUGCGUUCCUCGGACCUGCGGAAGCACGAGCGCAACAUGCACACCAACAACAAGCCGUUCCUCUGCAAGCAGUGCGGAAAAACCUUCAACAAACCCCUGUCUCUUCUCCGGCACGAGCGCACGCAUUUGGGCGAGAGGCCGUUCGUUUGCCCGGAGUGCGGGAAAGCAUUCGCCCUGGCCAGCCGCAUGACAGAGCACAGGAAGAUCCACAGCGGCGUGCGUCCCUACACCUGCUCUAUCUGCUCCAAAGCUUUCACCAAGUCUUCCAACCUCGCCGAACAUCUCACAGUUCACAGUGGAGUGCGGCCACACAAGUGCGCAGAGUGCGGGGUGGCAUUCGCGCUGGCGUCCCGUCUAGUGCGACACCAGCGUAUUCAUGCAGCUGUGCGCUCCUAUCAUUGCCAAAGCUGUGAUAUGUCAUUCAGCCACCUUGCGGCACUCAGGAAGCAUCAGAAGCAGCACGAGGAAGGCACGAUCUUUGUAUGUGGGCAGUGCAGUAAAUCUUUCCCUCAGGAUUCUCUGCUUGCAGAACAUAUGCAAAGCCAUGCUGAAGCUGUGAUUUGCAUUACCUAAACCUUUGCACUGAAGUAACUGGAAGAUAGCAAGUAAGCCUGGGCUAUCUAUCUAUCUAUCUAUCUAUCUAUCUAUCUAUCUAUCUAUCUAUCUAUCUAUCUAUCUAUCUAUCUAUCAGAAUUCAGCCUUAACGACGUAGAUAUAGUUAGACACAUUUAGCAACAUAGUUAUUGCUCAACAUUUGACUUGUACUUAUUUUUACUAGUGUUAACUGCAGGGAAUUGUGGGGACCACCGAUGAAGGACUUUGAUUUCAUAUAAAUCACUGUGUAUAUUCCUAGUAAAAGAACACACCGUAAACACACCGGUGACCCAUUUGUAGAGUUUUAAUGGCAGCUGAUGGCAUCUGGCCAAACAAGGCAGAUUUUGUGUGUGAGAGCAACAGAGAAAGUGAUAAAGAUUAUUGUGAAUUCUCUUAGAGGUGUCGGAUGAACAGUGCUAUUUAAAGUUACAAGAUAUGAUGAUAAAGCUACAUGCUAUUACUAUUACUAUGUGGCAGUGCUAUAUUUUGGUAAUAAACGUAUGCAGGAAAAUCGUAUUUUGAGGUUGAAGGGAUGGGACUUGCCGGUAAUGUGGUACAUGUUACGAUGGAAAAAAAAAUGAUGAACUGUUUCCUUUUUCUUUUGGACUUACAUUAAAGUGCACCUAUUAUGGAUUUUUGAACAUUACCUUUCAUGCGGUGUGUAACACAGCUCUAACUGAAUGAAAACAUACAGCAAUUUCUACAAUCUGAAAGUUCAAUGUGUAUUGUCUGAAUUAUGAAAUAUUAGCAUCUUGCUUGCUCAGUUGUUGGUUUUUUUGUGUUGGUCUGAAUGAAAAUCCAAAUUCAUUCUUUGCCUCUAUAGGUGCCGCUUUUGGAGCUGUAAAAUAAUUUUUACACAAAGCAUCAAUUAUUAUACAAGUCAAAUAACCAGUUGUGUACGAAAAGUUGUACUUUUAGGAUCAAUGAUAUCUUGCACAUUUCUAUUUGAUUAAUGUUUCAAACAUCCUAGAAAUAAAGUUAGAGACAUACCCAAAAUAAUUAUAAUUAUACACAUUAAAAGAUAAGUUAAAAGAUUCUUUAACAUCACAAAAAUCAGUUUUCCGUAUCGUUUGAUCUGUUUAAAUAAAACAUUAAAUUCUGUGUAAUAUUUUAAAGGAUACCUCUUUUAUUUUACUACUUAUGAAAAACUUGUUUGUUACUGACCAUACUUUCUUCCACUGAAUGUUUUCAUAUUUAGAUGACCAAAAGACUGUUGAGCACAGCACAUAAUUCUUCUUUAACACAUUUCUAAUAUAGCUAUCACUGCAUUUAUCUUUAACAAUAUUAUUAUCACCAAUAAAUAUCAUAUCACAAGUCAAUGGUUGUUGGUCAGCAUUCAUGAAAUGUGCAGAAUUAUGUAAUAAUGAAACAACUUUACAUGUAAUUGCAUCAAAAGGAACCACAUUUUGGUUUCAUGGGAAUUUUGAAUAUGACAAAAUUAAACCAUGUUCAUUAAGCAACUGACUAAGGGUAAAUAUUCCAAUGUCAUACCAUGUGCUUAUAGACUAACUGGCAAGCCAGCAGUGUCUGCUUAAUUGGGAUACUAUCAAAAAUUGAAUUUUGACACAUGCCACACUGUUUCUUUAUUUUUAAUGUAUUCGGUUAUCUAUUUUAUUUUAAAUACCACACUGAGAUCUGUGAAGCUGAACACUUUGAGGCCGCCAAAUUCUUUACUAUUAUUUAAAAUAUCUUUUCGUAAGUAGUGAGGUUUUGUUUACAAAAGAAAUCAUAGAGAAUCUUAUUCAAAUCCUUAACAACAUUCUGACGUUGAUACAUAAACAGUUUGAAAUCCCUUUUGGAUAAGAACAAAUGUCUCAUCAGCCAUGCUUUAUAUCUGUUUUUAAUCUUCUCGAGGAUAGGCUUAAAAUUUGAUGCAUGUUUUGCUUCAGAUCUUUACAUGUUACUAUAUGUGACAGUGUCUUUAAUUGGUAUCCCAUUAAUUCCUUUCAAAGGAAGCGUUUGUGAGUCAUUGAGCAAGUAAGGUAGAAGUAAAUGCAUAUUAUAAGACAAUGAUUUUUUUUUUUUUUUUUUUGACCUUGCAUGCAUCUCAAACUGUUGUUGGGGUCUCCCAAGACCAAAAUAUGAACCUUUCUUUAACCAUAGUAGGGGCACUUUAAAUUGUAUAUGUAUGUGAAUAUGUGAUUACCAUCAUAAACAUUUUUUGUUCAAUUAAAACUCCAAAAAGACUAAAUAAAAGUGUUUUUCAGCAUUCAUGUGUGAAAUGUAGUGUUGUAAACAUGAGAGGGUGUAAGAACAGUGACUCAAUCAUCUUGUAUAGGACACUAGACCUAAUUCCCAGAGUUCCACACUUGUGCCAACAUUUGUCCCUCCGCUGCCAGAU